UUCAGGUUUUACUGGGAUCUGUGCAUGCUCCUCCUUCUUGUGGCGAACCUUAUAAUACUCCCUGUCGCAAUAUCGUUCUUCAACGAUGAUCUCAGCACACGUUGGAUAGCAUUUAAUUGUCUUUCCGAUACAAUAUUUCUUAUAGAUAUUGUUGUCAACUUCAGAACAGGUAUCAUGCAACAAGACAAUGCAGAGCAAGUGAUACUGGACCCUAAACUCAUAGCAAAGAAUUACUUGAAAACGUGGUUUUUCCUUGAUUUAAUAAGUUCCAUCCCUCUAGAUUACAUUUUUUUAAUUUUUAACCAAGAUUUUAGUGAAAGUUUUCAAAUCCUCCAUGCAGGAAGAGCUCUGAGAAUACUACGGCUGGCUAAGUUGCUGUCACUUGUGCGCCUCCUUAGGUUAUCCAGGCUGGUCAGAUAUGUUAGCCAAUGGGAAGAAGUAUAUAUCUUGCAGAAUCUUCAAAAAAAGCGGACUGAACGAAGAGGUCGUCUCAGCUCUGACCCACAGAAAGAAUCAAAGUUCAGCAAAAGCAAUCUCAUUUUUAAGUUUCUUAAUAUGGCAAGUGUCUUCAUGAGAAUUUUCAACCUUAUCUGCAUGAUGCUUUUGAUUGGACAUUGGUCUGGAUGUUUGCAGUUUCUUGUGCCAAUGCUUCAAGGUUUUCCUUCUAAUUCAUGGGUGGCUAUAAAUGAAUUACAGGAAGCAUUUUGGUUGGAGCAGUAUUCAUGGGCAUUGUUCAAAGCCAUGUCCCACAUGUUAUGUAUUGGUUAUGGAAGGUUCCCUCCACAGUCACUCACAGACAUGUGGCUUACUAUGCUAUCCAUGAUAAGUGGAGCAACCUGUUAUGCUCUAUUCUUAGGGCAUGCUACUAACUUAAUCCAGAGUUUAGAUUCUUCACGCAGACAAUAUAGAGAAAGGGUAAAACAAGUUGAAGAAUAUAUGGCUUAUCGAAAACUUCCAAGAGAAAUGAGGCAAAGAAUUACUGAAUAUUUUGAACAUCGGUAUCAAGGGAAGUUUUUUGAUGAAGAAGCUAUUCUUGGUGAACUAUCUGAAAAAUUAAGGGAAGAUGUUAUUAACUACAACUGCCGUUCAUUAGUGGCAUCAGUACCUUUCUUUGCUAAUGCUGAUGGAAACUUUGUAUCUGAUGUUGUAACUAAACUUCGUUAUGAAGUCUUUCAACCAGGAGAUAUAAUAAUCAAAGAAGGAACUAUUGGCACUAAGAUGUAUUUCAUACAGGAAGGUAUUGUUGAUAUAGUUAUGGCAAAUGGUGAAGUGGCAACUAGCUUAAGUGAUGGUUCUUAUUUUGGAGAAAUAUGUCUCUUAACAAAUGCAAGAAGAGUAGCUAGUGUUAGAGCAGAGACAUAUUGCAACCUAUUCUCACUUUCAGUUGAACAUUUCAAUGCUGUGCUUGACCAGUAUCCACUGAUGCGUCGUACAAUGGAAAGUGUUGCAGCUGAAAGGUAUCGUAUAAAUCGUGAAAGACAACAGGCACGAGAAAAUAAUAAGCCACCAACGUCAGUAGAUAACACUGUUGAAGAGCAUAGACUGUAGCAUGGAUUUUAUGUUUAUAGAUUCUUAUGUGCUAUAAUCUAAUAUUUUCUUUUCUUCAUUUAAAUUUAAUGUGAUUAAUGAAUCUUUUGGCACUGCUUUCAUUUAAAUGAAUUAUUUUAGUUAAUAAUUUUUGUUAUUUGCAUGUAAUUAUUUUUAUUUCAUUAUCAUUAUUUUUAUGGUGAUUAUUAUUAUUUUUAGUAGACAUAAAUGUUGUAGUUGUUCUUUAUUAUAGAUUAGUUUCUCUAGUUUUACUGUUUUAGUUCCUGCUUAAGAUGGUUGCAAAAGUUACUAUAAUUAUGUAUAAGAUUAGUAUGAAAUAUAUGAAAUACCUGAAGUAUUAUUUAAUAUUUUGUUUAACUCGCAACUUGCAAUGCAAGCUGUCAGAAAUUAAUUUAAAUAAUUUACUUUAAAAUAUAUUAAAUUUUGAAAUUUCCUAAAAUCUAUAAUAUUCUUCAUUAUUGUAAUUCAUCAUAAGUCAUUUCAUUAAAUAUCUACAUUAUAAUAUGAAAGACUGAAAAUCAAAAGUAACAGUUAGUUUUAGAAAAUAUAAAAUGCUCUAAAAGAGAUAAGUUUUUUAAUGAUAUGUCCAUAAAUAAUUGGUAUUAUUUUCUAAUCGUUCUUUCUUUCAAUUUGAAAAUGAGUUUCUAUGUUGAUUGACAUUUAAAAUAAUAACUGUAUCUAUGGUAUUGAUAAGUUCAGAUAUUAAUAUUGUAUUUUUAAAAGUAUUUUUAUUACAAAAAGAACAAUGCAAAUAUUUUAUUUAUGGAAUGAGAGCCAAUGUAAUAGUUCUGCACAUGCAUAUUUAUUAUAUAUUUUUUUGUAUGUUUAUCAUUUAAUUUUUAAUAAAUAGUUAACGUUUUUCACAAUUAUGUUUUUUUUGUUUUUUUUUAUAAUUUCAUACCAAAAAUUGAGUGCCAAUCAGGAUUUAAUGUUGCAUGAUAACAAACAAAGCAGCAUGAACUUUUGACUGUCAGUUUCAAAUGUGUGUGUGUAUGUGUUAUGUAUGUGUGGGUAAGUGGGUAAGUAGAUGUUUAUAAAUACUCUGUUAUAAUCAUUUAUUGGUGUAAUUAUAUGUAUGUAACAGCUUGGAACUUGUUAUUAAAAAAAGAAAAAUAUAUAUAAACAGAUUUCUUUAAACUCAAUUAAAUUGUUAUAUUUUAUUUACUUUUAUGAUUAUUAUAAUUUUUUUUAUUAUCUAAUUUAUUUAGUUACAUCUUCAAAGCUAUUAAUAUUUUAAUGCAUGUAUGUACAUAUUUAUAUUCCUGUCCAUAAUUUUGCUUAGUUACAUGAUUUUAUUUUGUAUAUUAUCGUUAUUGUGUUAAUUACUAACUGAAGUUUAUGUAUGACCCAUACAUGUUUGGGACAAACAUCAAAUGGUAUUAUAAAUGAUCAUUGUCCAUAAUAAAAAUAAAUUAAUAAGUGAA